AAAUUAUUUGCAAUUCAUUUUGCAAUUGCAUUGAUGUGGAUGCUCUAAGGCCUCUAGUUGGCAAAAAAAUUACAUGAUCUAUGCCCCCAAUCAACUCUGUCAUAUGCUCAGGUCAAAUCCAACUUCACUGCAAAGUAGCACUUCUUUAUAUUAUUCAAGGUUUUCAAACCUGUAUUUGACCGGCCGGUUCAACUGGGUCCGAUCAAAACCAUCCAUCUAAAUGGUUGGACGGAAAAAUUCAGAAUCGGAUUAAACAAGUCAAAUCGGGUUAAACCAGUUAAAAUCGGGUGAUCUAACCAGUCAAAAUCGGGGUUGGAGAUGAUUAUUGAUAAUUUUGUAGUAUAAGUUUCUUUUGAAAAUAUGCCAAAGCUCAAGUUUUUCCUCUGGAGGAUGCUACUUCGGAUUCUGCCGGUUCGGGAGGACUUACAGCGACAUGGUCUUGAUGUUCCCACCCUUUGUCCAAUUUGCGAUUCUGGUGAGGGGGAGUCUCUUGAACAUCUGUUUAUUCGUUGUCCUGUGGCUAUUCGCCUUCGUGAUGCAAUUGGCCUUUCUCUACCUCUGAAUUUUGAUUCUUCUUACCAUUUCGCUCUCUUGUGGCGUCUUUUAUUAUGCCAUGAUGCCCCAUAUAUUAUCUCUGAUUGGCUUAUCCUCUGUUGGCGUCUUUGGAAAGGGCGUAAUAAUGUUGUGUUCUCUCCUUAUGCCCAAUUCACUGUUCCUGUUUUCCGUCGUCAAUUCCUUUCCCAUCGUGAUUCCAACCGCCUUGCCAUUGUUUCUCCUGCUCCUCCACCUCUUUUGCCGUCACGCAACAGGGCUUCAUCGGCAGUUUUAAGCGGUGCUUUUCAAGGCCUUCGAUUGGCAGUUGAUGGAGCCACUUCUUCCCAUCAGUCUGGUGCCAUUGGUAUUGUCGGUCUUACAGGCGUUAUUCCGACAUUUGCUUUUGGUUCAUUUAUUCGGGGAGUGUCUAAUCCUGGCUUGGUUGAGUUGCUCGCUAUACAAGAGGCACUAUAUUUGCUGCAACGGUGGCAUUGGCAUGAUCGGGACCUGUUGCUUACAGGAGAUGCCCAAGUGGUCAUUGACAAACUAGUUUCGGGUAAUUUAUCGGAUGCACGUGCUGGUGCAAUUUAUUCAGAGGUUCAUGCGUUACUAGUCCAAUUGCCAAAGGUUGUUUUACAAUUUAUGCCUCGAAAUGCGAAUCGGGCUGCCCAUUUAGUGGCGCAACAUGCCUUACGCUUUCCUGGAUUACCUCCAUUGUUAUUUGAUUUCUGUUACUUGUUUUAUUAUGUCCGUUGAUAAGUGAGUGUGCCGAUCUGUUGUGGCUACCCUUAUCCUUGCCUUGUAAAUAUACCAAGAUUUCAAUGACAAAAAAAAAGUUUCUUCUGAAAAAAUAAUUUGGUAAUAUAUGAAUGUAGAUUAGUGAGAUUGUUCUAAAAUAUGUCAAUAUAUGCACAAUCUAUUUGGUAUUAGAGAUUUUUUCACAUAUUAUGUGAAAACGACUUUAAUUAGUUGAACUUAAUCCAAUUAUUAAACCUGAAACCACUUGUCAAACUGGUUUCAUGAGUAAUUCAGUUUGACAACCUUGAUAUUAUUGCAUUUCUUCAUGUAUUAUUUAUUAAAGCACUAAAAGUCAUACCCUGAUUGGUUUAACUGAGUUGUUGGGAGAGGUUUUAAAAGUCCGGACACUAUGUGCUUAACAGAACAGAUGCGAGUCACCGGAAUUCGAAUAUCACAGAAGGUUCUGAUACAAUGUUAAUAACGAGCUGAUCCCAAUAAACCGAAUUGUUGGCAUAUGUUAAAUUAUGUGUUUUCAUCACUGCUUAAGGAGUGUUUUAUUUUGUACUUUAUUAGUUUUUCUUCUCCAAUGAGGGAGGUUUUAGGUAGGGAUGGCAACAAAACCCGAACUCAUGGGUACCCUACCCGAUCCAACCCGGUCAACACGGAUAAAACUCGUGUUUGGGUUUAAACCCGAUUACUAUUCACUGGGUUGGGUUUGGGUUUAGGUAAACCCGCCCCACGGGUACCCGCCCAUACCCAUAUAAUUAAUUUUCCCGGUUUAUUUAAUAUUCUAAACAAUUAAUCUUCUUUAUGUGUUGUGAAGACAUGUCUAAUUUUUUCUUUCUAAUUGUCUAGAAUGAAGUUAAUAUUAUUGAGUGGAGAGUGAAUAAUCUUAAUUGACAAGGAGGAAGAAGCUUUCAAUUAAUCAUAUUGUUUAUGGAUAAUUUGUGAUUUGCUUCAAUUUUCUCGAGUUUUCUAGAUUGGCGGUGAACAAUUUGUAUGACUAAUUUGUUAUUUGCUUGAAUUUUCUAGAAUGGUGUUUUAUAUAUGGAUAAUUUGUAUUGAGAGAUUGAUAUUUGACUUUUAUUUUGAUUAAAACUUGUGAUUGUAAAUUUUUUACGACAAAAACCAAUGGGUACCCAUCAACCUGCGGAUAUCCAGCGGGUUGGGUUGGGUUUGAGUUUUUCAAACCCAGUGGGUCCGGGUUGUUUCACGGAUAAACCAAUGUGUUUGGGUUUGGCAAAACCCGACCCAACCCGACCAGCGACGGAUCUAGGGGGCCGCCCCCGGGUCACGGCGCAGCCUUCCUCGAUCCGGAGCUAGUAUAGCACUUAUAAAUUUUCGAUUUUUGG